AUGCUGCCCACACGAGUCCUAUCCCGUGCCUUGGGUAAGCCGGCCGUCUUACCGGCAUGCCUCCACUCCCGCCCCUUCUCCUCGAGGCCGGCAUUGGCUGAGGCGCAAGCCGCGACUGUCAAGAAACUGGGUGUUGUCGGCGCCGGUCAGAUGGGUCUGGGCAUUGCCCUCGUAGCUGCUCGCGCGGCUGGCGUCCCUGUCACACUGGUCGAUACCUCUCAACAAUCCCUCGACAAGGGCCUGGCCUUCGCUGACAAGCUCCUUGCCAAAGAUGUCUCCAAGGAGAAGAUCAGCCAGUCCGAUGCUACUGCCAUUCGAGAACGACUUACUCCUUCCACCAAAAUGGACGAUUUGGGCGACGUAGACAUGGUCAUUGAGGCUGUUCCCGAGAUACUCGACCUGAAGACCAAGAUCUUCGCUCAGCUCGCACAGACCCUUCCCAAGCAUGCCAUUCUGGCCACUAACACGAGUUCCAUUUCGAUUACCCGCAUCGCUGCUGCCACAACAAAGGAUCCUACCGACCUCAGCAACUCUUCUCGGGUGGUAUCAACCCACUUCAUGAAUCCCGUGCCCGUUCAGAAAGGUGUUGAGAUCAUCUCGGGCCUUCAGACAUCCCCCGAAACCCUGGCCACCGCCUUGGAAUUCUGCAAGCGAAUGGGCAAGGUUCCCUCCACGUCUGCAGACUCACCUGGCUUCCUCGCGAAUCGUAUCCUGAUGCCUUACAUCAACGAAGCCAUUAUAUGUCUCGAGACCGGUAUCGGCGGCGAGAAAGACAUCGACGACAUCAUGAAGAACGGAACAAACGUCCCCAUGGGUCCUUUGCAACUUGCUGACUUUAUCGGCCUUGAUACUUGCUUGGCCAUCAUGGAAGUCUUGCACACGCAACUCGGCGACUCCAAGUACCGACCUGCUGUCAGACUGAGGCAGAUGGUGGAUGCCGGCUGGCUCGGCAAGAAGUCUGGCAAGGGCUUCUACAAUUACUAA